AUGACUUACUUCUGCUGCUGCUUGCAGGAGGAAUUCGCCAACAACCCAGAGAAUCCCAACAUAGACAGAUUCUUCUCAAUGUUCGAUGCAACCAAACUCCCCUACAAACUGGAAGAAACAAAAAAGUUCAUGAUAGUACUCGUUGUCGACGGGGGCUGGUGCGUUUAUGAGGUUGACAUAAAUGAGAGAACACUGCAUGUCAUGGAUCCAAUGAUGGCCUCAUCUAGGAGGGAUGAUGUGGAGAGGAAACACAGGGAGAACGCUGGAUUUAUGCUCCACUGCCUUUGCAAGUGCCUCCGUGAAUGGUAUCCUAAUUGGCAUUUCACAACUUAUCCAUGGACUUACAAAUACAACAGCGGCAUUCACCACCGCAACUCCGACAGAGCCGAUAGCGGGUUCUACGUCAUACACUACAUUCGGGAGUUCGAUGGAGUUAUGUUGCACACGGCUCCUACAGAUGACCUGAUUAAACAUCUGCGCAAGGAGAUGGCGUAUGAAGCACUGAGACUGAAGGGCAACAGUGGUGACUUCCCGAACAACCUCUAUGCUCGGAUCCUAGAGUAAAAGUUGAUCCAAGACAGGUAGAUGUGAGCCAUCGAGCAUUUCAUCAACCUAUCUAUUUCACCUCAUCAAUUAUCGAACCUAUGGUUCAGGUAGCAGAUAAUAGUGUCACCACAACUAUUUCUGCUUAUGUAUCCAACUUUGGUUUACAAGACUUCUAUCUGUAAUAUGGGCUAAGACUAUGGCUGCUAAGCUUAAUUAGCUCCUCUUUCAUUCCAAAUACUUAUGUCUGUAAUAUGGGCCAAGACUACGGCUGUUACUAUGCUCAUUUGGCCCUAUCAGCAUCUAAUGAACUAGUAUGCUUAUCUUA